CAGAAUCCAAAGCGAACAGGAAUAGUUGUACAUCCUGCGGCAAAAAGUCCGCCGAUAGAGCCUCAAUUUAGGGUUUUGCUGUUUAUUAUUUUAUAAGUCAAUGGAACGACAGGAGCAGCAGUCUAGUCAGCCUAUGCUGUGUAGGAACGGUUGUGGAUUUUAUGGUUGCCCUGCAACGGAAGGAAUGUGCUCAAAAUGUUACAAAGACACACUAAAAAGGAAACAGAAUUCCUCACAAGCCACCGGUAGAGUCAGUCCAAGUCAAGCUCUUACAGGUGCUAAUCUCUCGGCAGUGGCAGCAGCAGCAGUAGCCACGACAACCACAACCUCAGUCAAUGAAGUCCCUAUUACAUCAACAAACAAUACAAUGGUGACGGAUACACCGUUACCAGAUGGUGCAGCGGCGGCCACCGUGUGUUUAGACGAUUCUUUAGAUUCACCCUCCACCUCAGCUGGCUCGUCUAGCGAUGAAAAAGAUAAUGAGAAGAAAACAAAAAAGCGGAAUCGUUGUUAUGCUUGUCGUAAGAAAGUAGGACUUACAGGAUUCGAAUGCCGCUGCGGAGGAUUAUAUUGUAGUUUACAUCGGUACUCUGAUAAACAUGGAUGCUCGUUUGAUUACCGGGCUGAAGGACAAGAACAAAUUAGGAAAAACAAUCCUGUUGUCGUGGGCGAGAAGAUACAGAAAAUUUAGUUUAUUGUUUUUUGUUUAGUGUAUAGUCUAUUAAUAUUAUUAUUAUUAUUGAAAGAAUGAAAGAACAAACAAUUGAGUGCAUGUUUAUGUGUGAAUGAAUUCAAUCAGCCAUUUUGAAUUUCGGGAUCAAAGGUCAUGUGGUAUUGUGGUGAUGAGGCCAUUUUGGAUUUUAACUCUUUUUGUCACUGGGUUUGGAUGGUCUUUUAAGGUGUUUUUUUUUGCAUUUAAAAUAAUUUGUAUGAGAAGUGUCAACUCAAAGUACUGGUUUUCUGGAAAUCACUAAUUUAUAGUAUUUGCAACACUCCCAGAAGCCAUAUUCUGACAAGACUAUAGAGGGCGCUGCAAUUUGACAAGACUAUAGAGGGCGCCGCAUUCUGUAAUAAACUCGAAAGUGCACUGUAACUUAUUGGAGUUACUGCUACUGUUUAUGCAAAUUAUUUAAUUUUAUACUCGCCAAAAAAACCACAUCCAGCCUUCUGAACCUUUGUUAUUGAGUGUGACAACUUUUCAUGUGAACUUUAAAUUUGACUUGUUUAUUUUUAGCAUGAAUACCAUUGCCCUUUGACCUUGGAUAUUCAAGAUGGCUGUCCACAUUUGUUUUUUGGUUUCUGCUAUUUUGUGUGGUGUCAUUAGCCAAGAUUUUUAAUUCCAAACUUGGUAGAAAAAACAAACAGUCUAUGAAACAUUUAUUUCAAGAUCUGUAUUAAAAAUGUUUGAGGUUUAAAAAAACUCAUUACAAAAAAAAUUAUAUACCUUUUUUUUUUUCUGUAGCCUCGCUUAAACUAUUAGUGCAAAGACCAAGAAAAUUGUAUUAAAAUAUUUGUACAAAAUAUUUCAUAUGUAUUUGACAUUCUAGAAAACAACACAAUUUGUUUUAAAAAAGCUGAUAGAUGAUGAAAAUGCACCUUUUUUUUCAUUUUGUUUGAAUAAUGUAGAUUUCAUACUUACUCUUAACCCUAUCACCGACCUGGUCAUGUUUUGUAAAGUAGUUUUCUGUACCUUUUUUUUUUAAAUUGACGAAGGUUUAGAUCAAAACCAGUAAGCAAUGUCAGAUUUUGUCAGUUUGGUUCAAAAUUAAUCUUAAAUUAGAGAAAAUUACAGAAAAUACCAGUAAGUGUUGUCAUAUUCUAUCUGUUUGGUCCAAAAUUAUUGUUAUCAGAAAAAAAUUACGAAAAAUAUGAUCAAAAGUCUGUAGGUGAAAGGGUUAUAUGUUCGUUUCAAUCACUUUUCACAAAAUAAGUAAUUUAUUCAUCUUUUCUUAUAAAAUUUGUUCAAAACUUGCAAGCGAUGUCAAAUUCUGUUUGGUCUAAAAUAACCAAAAGGAAUUAUAGAAUAGAAACACAAAAAAUGAUUACUAACCAUCUAAUGGCGUGGACAAUUUCUGUUGAUGGCAACCAUGUGAGAGUUUGUUACGUGUCUACCAGGUAUAUUAGUAUGAAAAUACUGUAAAAUGACUAAUUUUCACUGGGUUUAAAUUUCCCUGAUUUAGCAUUUCGGGCAUAUUCAGUGGGUUUUAAAUUCACGGUUUUAUCAUUUAGAUAAUGUAUUCUAUUCUAAAUUUUCCAUAUUCACUGGGUUUUAAUUUAGCGCAUUUUCCAGUCAGCGGAAUAAGCAAAAUUAAAACCCAGUGAAUACUUAACCCCUUUACAGUAGGAGAUUUCCCGUUCACUACAUCGCAAUGACCUUUGUCCCGUUUACGUUCGACUUCACACAUAACGCAGGAUCUCGCAGUGAACGGAAAAUGGUCUAUUAAGAUCAGUUAUUAUGGUCCACACGUAUAUAUAUGAACUUCAUAAAAAUGAAAAGCAGAGAAAGAAUGUUACUUUGGAUUGUCAAGUCUUCUAUUUAGUUUCAUUUUAUUAUCGAUGCAGAAUUUUAAUAAUCUGUACAACUGACAGUAAACGGAAAAGCAGAGAAAGAAAGUUACUUUGGAUUGUCAAGUCUUCUAUUUAGUUACUUUUUAUCAUCGAUGCAGGAUUUUAAUAAUCUGUUCAACCGACUGUAAACAAACUAGAUUUUAUCAUAAAAAGAUAUCUUCUAUAUGAGCAGUAGGACAUCGGUAUUUUUCCCAGAAAUUCAAACUAGCGUGGUACGCAUACUAAUUUGCAUAAUAUUUUAUGAUUAUUGCAAACAAAAAUUGAUUAACAUAAAAACACCAAUGUUUACUGUCCAAUCACAUCAUUAAUACUACUGUAUAAGUUGUAGUAGACAUCAAAGAUAUUUGCCAUCCCAUAAUAUUUCAGAUCAUUGCAUUUUAGCUUGGCAUUAUUAUUGGGAUAAUUGUGCAAAACAAGUGUUCAUUAAUCUUUUAUAUCUGCUGGCACCAAAAGAUUAAGACCUACUGGAAAUAAUUUUACAGCAAUUAAACUGGUUUACAGAGGUUUGAACCAGUUUGAAACGAUUCACUGGUUUGAACCAGUUUGAAACUGUUUCACUCAGGUUUGAACCAGUUUGAACUUUCACUCAGGUUUGAACCAGUUUAAACUGGUUUGCACAGGUUUAGACUGCUAUUACUGUAUUGAUUAGACAUGCACACAAGGAGAUCUCCAUGCUAAUUUUAAGUUUUUAAUUUUCUGCUUACCAUCUUAGGAUUCAACAAAAAUUCUAGUUAGAAGUUGGUGUAUGUUGAAGCAUUAAUGUGAAUUGCGUUUCUCUGUGUCUCAUUGGCAUGUUAAAUAGCCUUAGUGGACAUCCAGCUCUAAUACCAUCUGUAUGACAUUACUCCAAAAUUGGUAGUAUAUUGUACCUGGAAUUAUGUCAAGCUCAGUCUACUUUCUGGACUUAAAAUCAACUUUUAAUUUCCUUGUAUUGUGUCACCAAAAUGUGCUUGCUACAGUUAAUCUCUGAAUCAUAAUUUUGUUUGUUGAACCGUAGUUAGGACAAAUAUACAGAAUUUUCUCCUGGCUUUAAAUGCAAAUGUUAGCUAAUAUCUUGUUAGGAGCAAGAAAAUGUCCCUUAAAAAGUGUUUCUUUCUCUUGUGCAGACUGUUUCCCUAAUCUAAGUAGGACUAUGGAUGAGAGAAUGGAACACUGUUUAAUGGGCACAAAUCUUGCAGUUCUUGCAUCUCAAUGAGAUCUCGGCAGUCGUUUGUGUCUUGCAUUUAUUCUUCAUUUUCUCAUCGGCACUUGUUUUGUUCAAAUUUUUCUAUAAUCCCUGCAUUCUUUGCUAAAUGUUGAACCGGGUUACCGACCAUUUUAACUGAACUUCUGGGUACUCUCACAUGGUGGUAAAUCAGUAACGGCAAAUAACGUAAACGGCAUUUAUGAUUGAUAUGAGAUUGGGUGAGUUGAUGAAGAUAACAAUCACACUUCGCGAAAUCGUCUUUUACAGCAUAUUCAGCAUGAAUCGUGAAAAACAUUUGAUAUUACGAUAUACAGUUGUAUAUUCACUUCAAGAAUCCAAUUUUUUGAAAUGCAUUCUGUAUGCCAGGUGGUUCGCUGCAUGAUUUCAAUGAUUUCUUCAUUCUAUGUGACCAGGCCCUUAUUUUUAUUUGCCUUUGAUUAGAUGCUACAAAACAGACGUAUUAGUCACCGUUUCAUUCAUUCAUUGAUUCUAAAAUUAUCUAUCUUAUACAUUUAAUUAUUAGAGUUUUUUUGUAUUGUUUACAUAGAAGAUAUUUAGUAUUUUAUGCUGUUUUGUGCUAGAUGGUUGGAAGCCCAGGUUCUGUUUGUGUGUUCUCAGUUAUCAAUGUUUUUGCUUAUAUGAUACAACAAUAGGAUGCGUGUACAGUGAAACUUGCUUGACCAACUCUUUUGUAGAAUUGUUUUUAUUUAAGUCUAUAGAGUGGUUAUCAGGAAAAUUGUAUUUGGUUUACAAAUGUUUUACUAUUUUAUGAGGAAGUUCACCACCUGUGAUGCAGUGUAAUCUGUGAAAAUAAGGUUGAAUAUUUUGUGAUAGAUCUGUAGCUAUCCAUGUGGCAUUCCACUUGUUGUACCCCACUCCAUUAAUGCUUACCGGUAGGUACGUUGUUAAUAAUUAUGAAUUGUGGUAAACUAUUGUCAUCAAAGUGAGUGUUAUUCACCACAAGAUCAUAUUUGGGGGGGGUGGGGUGUGUUCCCAUGUGUGUAGCUUACGGUCUUCCAAAUUAACAAGCGAUUAUUUCCUGACAUCCCACAGUCAGUGAGAGACGUUUGCAUAACUCUGAAUAGGCAAUGAGAUAAUACUCGCACUGUACCUAGGCAUAUAGUGAGUGGAAUGCUACAUAGUUGCAUCUGACAACUAAUUUUUUUUUUUAUUUGCAAGGGGCACACAGCAGAACCAAGCUUUCGUCUUUAUAGAAUCAUAGAAUUUAGAAAAUUGCUAUUUUAUUUGACAGCUUACAAGAAUUUUUGACAUUGCAAAAGAAAUUUGAAAAUCACAUCAAAGAUUGUCUGCGCUGUGAAACAGGACUUUUGAUUGGAUGAUUUAUUGUUUAAAUGCCAACUACCUUCUUACUUGACCAACCAGGUACACUGUUACUUGUGUCAGUGGUGGAAAGAAAUCACCCACUUCCUGUUGUUCAUGGAAUUAAAUUUACAUAAUUAAAGAAA